CACCUAUUUAAGGCCCCCCUUGCUCCCUCAGCCCCGUGCAGCACCCCAUCUCCCACUCAGAGCCUCCCCAAACCACAAAUUUACCAAUAGUGGACAUCUUCCCCGCCUCAGGAAGUGCCGCUCAUUGUCGUCUCUCUGUUAAAUUCGAUGCCACCAAAGCUUCUCCCGCUCCACUCUCUCCACCAGAAACUUAUUCACGAUCCAGCAAACCCAUUCCCAUCUCCCAUUCCGCCGAAAACCACCCAGGGGCAGAAGUCCCUUUUGACCGUGGCCAUCCUCCGCCAUGUUUGAAGCUCUGCUCAACCUCGAGCCCUCCAGCAACCCAUUUCCCAUCCAGCAGAUGCGGUCUCCUCUCCUGAGCACGUGGAUGUGCCGGGCGCUGGAAACGGAGCCUCCUAGCGCUCGCAAUCAUCGUCGGAAUUCACUCAUGUUUCUAUCCCAGGCGCGGGAGGAAGAAGGUGAACCUAAAAGGUGCGUCCCACCUGUCGGUGAGCCAGCCGACUCGCCAGUGGCGCUGCCAGCCAGAAAAUUGGAAGGGCGAAUACUUUCAAAAUCUUUGGAGUGCAACCAAACCUUCUACAUACUCAAGAUCGCGUAUUUGGAGAGGAGCACGAUGAAGACAAUCGGGAACAUAGGCAUCGAAGAUAAUUGGCGCGUGUGAAGGAGUUACCCAGGUCGGUUGUUCCUAUGGGAAUGGAGUCCCAUAGAUGCUCGAGAUUGGCGAGACCCUUCCGCCAUUAGCCACUAGACAUUUUUGUUGUACCCUUGAUACGUCUCCAACGUAUCUAAAACCUUUUAUUGUUCCAUGUUAUUAUAUGUUCUUUCUAGGAUACUUU